AGAAGGUGGGCAACAUCCAUGUGGACCCGUCAUCUGUCAAAGUGACAGAAGGAAGCGGUACAGUGACUUUCAACUGCUCUCCUGUCCAUGGUUUUGUCUCCUGGACCAAGGAUGGUCACCGUCUGGAGGAUAAUCCCCGAUAUUUGCGUUCAUCUGGCUCCCUGAAAAUUAGAGACCCUCAGCGGACAGAUGCUGGUGUCUACACUUGUACCAUCUCCAACCCCUUUGGCAAUGCCACCAGUACUGCCAACCUUACUGUCUAUUAUGGUCCCGAGACCCCAACAAUUACCGUCUCGUCCUCUGAGCAAGAUUCAAGCGCAGGGAGUUUUGUGCUGGUGAACAGCACUGUCAAUCUCACAUGUUUGGCACCUUCCAACCCGCCGGCAAAGAUCUACUGGAACGUGGCCGACAAUAUGGACCUCGACGUCCCUUCCUCGCCUGUUCUGCAGCUCCAGAGAGUGCAGCUGAAUCAGGGGGGCCUGUAUUCCUGCCUGGCGAUCAAUCAGGAGACGAAGCUACAAAUUCGUAACACCCGUCGUAUCAACGUUGUCCAAGCUCCUUGGGGAUCCCCUCUUUGUUCCAUGACAUCGGUGCAAAAUGAUUCCGCCUUACUUUUCACCUGCUCCUGGACCGGAGGGUCGCCUGCUCCUAUUCUCACUUUCCAGGGACUCCCUGUGAGCAAGACGGAAAUCGGUGCCUCUAAAUUGCAGAGCUUGCUGGUCCCCCCUUUCCCUGCUGGGAUCAGUGGCACCAAAGUUACUUGUUUGGGUCGCCAUAUAACUGGGCAAGCCAACUGCACCUUGCUUCCAGAAGCCCCCUCAGGGGUUACAUUGUCAUUCCAGGCAUCCAGUGACCCCAGAGGACUGGUGACUAUGCAGCUGCGUUGCCAAGGCACCUUCAAUCCUGUGGAAAUUGAAUGGUUUAAAGAUAAGCAGUCCCUGAUUCCUGCCGGAAGCCAUUACCAGCUCAGUCCUGAUAAAAUGCAUCUCACCAUCUGGAAUUUCACUGCUCCCCAGGAUCUGGGAGAUUACAGCACCAUCUGCUCCAAUCCACUGGGAUCACGGGGAUCUAACCUCACUAUUAUUGGCCCCUCGAUCUCUGACUGGACUUUGUCAAGUGGACCCCAUCCAGGCACUGCCACUCUGACUUGGACAGUCCCGAAUGGAUCAGUGGUGACCAGUUUUGUGAUUCAGAUGCAAGGUCCGAAACAACACCGUUCUGCUGAGGAAUGGAGUACAGUGGAAGUACUAGGAGCUGCCAACCGAUCCACAACUGUUGUAGGACUGCAGCCCCAAACAACUUACGCUUUCCGGAUAGUGCCUCAUCUGGGAUCCCAAGCUGGGAACGCCACUCAGAUUCACACCCUCCACCCAGAUUCAUAUCUGAGUGGCGGGGCCAUUGCUGGGAUUGUGAUUGGCUGCAUUUUUGGGAUGCUCCUGAUCGUUGCGCUCCUCUUCUUGGUGAUCUGGCUGGUCUGCCUUCGGAGAGCAAAGAAGAAAGCUCCACCCACACCACCAGAGAACCAGCACCACUAUCUGUCACGCCAGUUCCCAAACGGGAGGAAAGUUGAGCCAAGAGACUCUUGGGAUAAUCCUCGAUGGUCAUCAGGAGAGUCAGACAUCUAUGCCAUCACCUAUGAGGAACAUCUACACAGAUAUCUCAGCACAACCAUCUUGCAGCCUAUCGGUAUCAGGGAAGGCACUUCCUCUACUCCAACUGGGCGACCUGGCGCCAGGACUGUGCGGAAUGCUACCCAGGUCUGAAAUGGUGAAGAACACACCUGUUUUGACCGAGGCUUCCCAAGAGCAUGAAGGAAACUCCUUGUCUCCCACAAAAAACCCUUUUAUUCAUUGACUGU